AUGAUUACCUCCCUCCAUAUUUCAAUGAAUGUUAUUUAUUUAAUGCGAAACUUUCAUGAAAGUCGAAUGCAAGUUAACCUGAGAUAACGUUUGUAUUAUACGCACCAAAAUGAAAGCAGAGAAUUCGCUACCUCAAGAGCCUCUACCACAAAAGUCUCCACCUCAAGAAUCUUCGCCACAAGAAGUUCUAUCUCAGGAACCAGCAUCACAAGAACCUCCACAAGUGUGUUCUCUUCCUCCACCCUACUCGGAUUUGUCUCCUUCUCCACCUGUGGACGAGGAUACCAAACAAACUAAAACAGUUGUUAAGAAAAUUGUAAGGAUCACUUUCGGACCAGAACCGGCUUCGUUUAAGUGCCCAUAUUGUCGUGAGCAAAUAACUACAAACGUGAAGACGGAGCCUACAACUGCAACACAUCUUUGGGCUGUCUGCUUAUGCAUUUUGGGAGGUCUCAUGUGCGUCUGGAUACCAUACUGUAUCGACUCUUGUCAGGGCCGUACCCAUUACUGUCCAAAGUGCAAUGCCUACUUGGGAAGAUACGAGAGCUAAGUCGACAUUUCAAAAAUGUUGUAGGAUUUCAUCUUAUAAUUGAAUUUGGGCUUAACAAUAUAAAAUGUAUACCAAUCAUAUAACGUGUUAUUAAUUCAAAUAACACAUUGCAACCAAACUAUGUCUUGAACAGCAUACAAGAUAUUUCCUAAAAACACAAUAAUAUAUUUAAGUAGUUUAUUUUUUGUGUCUAUUCUUAAUAAAACCUUCAUAUGAACAAA